AUGGCUCAUAGAUUACUUGUUAACGUCAUCUUCACUGGCGCCUCUGUGUUUGGGCGUGCAUUCACUGAGGCCUACAAGCAGGCAGCCAAGGCCAGUGCCACUGCCGCUGCAACCGGAGCCACCAAGGCCAAGUCGGCCGGUGGAAUCCCCGUGGAAGAGGCCAUGAAGAUCUUGGAUAUCGAGAAAGACCAGCUCACUCUCGAGGAGAUCGAAAAGAAAUACGAGUAUCUUUUCGACGUUAACUCGAAAGAAAAGGGUAACUCAUUCUUCUUACAAUCAAAGGUAUACUAUGCCACAGAUACAUUACGAAAAGAGCUAGAGUAUUUACAAAAGAUGAGGGAAGCCAAGAGCGGGGAGGAGGCGAAGAAUUAG